UGCUGGACUUCUGUAAAAUUUAACUUAUCCAUCAUUACUUAUGGGGGGUAUCCCUCUACGAUUUCUUUAAAGCAGGUAAAAGAAUACUUUGCAGAUGCGUAUUUUAUUUUCAUAUUUUUAAGACACGCUACUACUUCACGUUGCCGCUAAAGGUUACCAAUUCAUUCAGAGAAAUCAGAUUUCACUUUUACCUUUUGUAAAUUAUUUGAAGGCUGAAUUUAAUUUAUGUGAAAAGAGUGUUGUUUUUAAUCCGCAACCGCGACAAAUCAAAUUAGUUUUUUUAAUGACCGUUUAUGAUUUGUGCAGUGAAUUGAUGGAAAAACGCUUACAAAAUGCUGCUUAAUUUUACUUUUAUCGGGAUUAUGGCUCCCGUUUUUACGAUAUUCAACCCAGAUUUUUCGAUAAAUGUAGAAAAGGUUCCUAGCUAUGCUAAUUUCUUAUCAGACUCGGGUAUACAUGGGGUCUUAAUUGGUGCUACCAGUGGUGAAGGCACAUCUUUAUCAGUCAAAGAGCGAAAAAACUUGACAGAAGCCUGGGCUCAGGCGGUUAAGUCGACUCAUCAACAUCUGAUGGUUCAGGUUGGGGGUGCACCAUUUCCAGAUGUCUUGGAAUUAGCUAGACAUGCUGAAAUCGCCGGUGCUGAUUCAAUCCUCACCAUGCCGGAACUGUAUUUCAAGCCGAAGAAGCCACAAGAACUGAUAAGCUAUCUUAGGUUUAUUAGUGCAGCUGCACCUAAUACUCCUUUGCUGUAUUAUCAUAAUCCAGGACAUACAUCAGUAAACAUUGAUAUGGCUGAUUUCCUUGAACAAGCAGCUAGUCAAGUACCAAACCUCAAAGGUAUCAAAUAUACUUCAAAUGAUCUAGCUGGAGGUUAUGCGGCUCUAAAAGCAGCUCAUGGGCGAUAUAGGGUAUUUAUUGGGGGAGAUUAUCUAAUAGAACCCGCAUUUGCAUUAGGAUUUGAUUCGGCUAUUGCAACAUCGAUGAACGUUUUUCCGAAAUAUUCUAUUGGCAUGUUGGAAGCUAUAAAGGAGUCGAAUUUGGAAAAAGCCAAAUCUUUACAACAAAAUUUAACAAGGGCCAUGAAUAUUGUGACAAGAUAUGGUUCGAAAGUGUCUGGAAUGAAACUAGCGAUGAACCUUUUCACUCCAAUAAAUGUUGGAUUAGCUCGACCACCACUUCAGAAUGUGAAUCCAGCAAGAAUUGAAGAAAUCAAACAUAGUUUAGAACAGUUCUUUUAGUAUAAGUUAUUAAAUAUAUAGAAAUAGGAAAAGCAAUUGGACUGUUAGUAAAUUUUAGACUGUUAGUGAUAAAAGGGCUUAAAAUAAAUGAUCUUGUAAAUUGUCAUAAAGUUUAUUAAAAUUAUAAAAAUCAUCUAUUUUUAAAAUGUAAUUUAUUUACAUAGCAUGUAAUAUAAAAAAAUAACUAAAAGAGCAAUAUGUCAAUAACAGUUUCUAUUCAUAUUAUACAAAGUGUAUAAAAAUCUAAAAGUUAUUAAAAUCAAUUUAAUAAGUCAGGCAUGUGUAAUAUAAACUGUCUGAAGAAACUGAACUUAAUUUUUUGUUGCCAAAAAAGUUUCUUAAUAUGCUGUCCUUAUAAAAUAAAACCAUUUAUUAUAUAGUAUUGAUUGUGAUUUGCUACAAUACGUUUAAAAUAUAUGUUCUGUUAUUUACACAAGUACCAAUUAAAACAAAAAAUACAAAUGAAAUAGUUUAAAAACUGAUUUCAAAUGAUCACAUUGGCCUCUUUUGGACCUUGAGGCCUAAGAACAAUGUGCACACAUAAAUAUCCUAUAUAAAUUACCUAAAUAUAGCGGUAAAAAAACUAAUUACCUCAAUCACAAGUUUUUUUUUUCAAAGAAACAUAGGUAUUACCUCUUUGUGUUCAACAAAACUAUAAAAGGUAAAAAAAAACAUUAAUUUUAAAAUUUAGAAUUAUGCCAUAGUGGAGGGUAGAGUGUUUAAAAUUAUAAAUCGACAGUUAACUAUUCUAUAAAUAUCAGUUAUCCAAAUGUGUCACUGGUAGGAUAAUUACUUACAUUAAAGAUUUUUUUAUUAAAAAUAUUUUCACAAGUUUUUAAACUGAUCCCCUUAAACCCUCAAUUACAAAAGUAAACAAAAAAAACAUAAUGUACCCUAGAACUCCAAAACAUUCACUCUAGACUACAUUGACUACAUUA